UGCACUGCAAGUGCACGGUCGCGGGAAUUGUGUUCCCUCACACGAUUCCAAUUUCAGAUGCACACUUAGUGAUUUUGUCCUAGAUCCGGCACUGAAGUUUGAGCUGCUAUGGAACAUCAGCCACGAUCUUAAUUGAAAGUUAGAAACAGUGAGGAAGCCUUCACAUGCUAACCUGACCACACCAUCCACAACAGCGAGACAUCAAAACAGCUCUGCUUGCCCAUAAACUCCUAUCGUGCUUCACACACCCCAUUCAGUUACGCAGUCAUACACAUGUAUGUUAACAAGUGUUCUUUUCACUAUCCUCGGAGUUCUGUUGCUCUUCACGUCACCAGAAGAAACAUCGACUGUCGUUUGUCUUGCAUGACUUACCGUUAAAAGGGACCUAGGUAUUAGAAAGUCGAACCAGUUGCAUCUGCGUUUCGAAAAAUGGUUUGCUAAAAUCUGAUAGAUGUUGAAACAGAAGAGGUAUUUUCUUUGUUUUACUGAAAGGACAUGGUUCUGAAUGAUUUCUUUCUGGAAAAUGGCAAACAUAUUUGUCAUUCCAAAAAAUCCUUCCGAAAUGUAUUUGUCACAAAAAAAGUACAGGGUUGGAUUUUUCUUUAACUUGCAAGUGGACCACAACAGAGCAUAUUAUGACUAUGAUUGACAUAGAAAAGUCCUGUCGUCAUGGUUUAAUAGAAUAUAUGCUUAACAGUGAUUGAUAUGAACAAGGUUAAGUGACUAAAAACCCAAGGAAUUCUUGGAUUUAACCUUGAUUUACUAACAAAGAGGAAGGAUCAACUCUUAACUACGGCACCAGCUUAGGGCCCUCAAAUUACUUGCACUGUUAAGGAAGUGAAAUGAUCAUCAGUUAUCUUUGUGGGGGGGGGCAAAUAAAGCUUUGCCUAGGGCCCCGAGGACAACAUUGACUGACGUACUUUGGAAAUCAAUGAAACAAGCAGCUUUUCGACCUGAAAAACACUAGCCUGCAGUCUGUGUUCAAGUUUCAAUAUUUAUUUGUUACAUACACAAACAUACACUGUACAUGUGUGUAGUGAAAUGCUUUUUCCACUGGAAAAGGGAAACAUGUCAUGCAAAGACAAUAGAAUUUUUAAAAAUAACAUUAAAAUAGGAAAAACAACAACAAGAUUCAAGAAACUUUAUUGUCAUUCCACACGUUUGCACAUGCCGUGGAGCGAAAUUAUGUACUCGGGUCACGGAUAAGCCACAGAGCUUGUCACACACGCUUACAAAGAUAAAAAAAAAUAAAUAUAAAGGUAUUGGAGUAUAAAAUAUGGAAUAUAAAUUAGCAGUAUGUACAGUGUCCAAAAAUAAAUCAGUAAGACGAAAUAAAAAGUAAUGAUAUCAUUAACAAAGCAGUGCUCGGGAAUAUGUAAAAUGAAAAGUAUGGCGUAUAAAAUGUGCAAAAUGACGUUAGAAAUUAUCAAGAAUGUUUAGACGUCAUGUCUGAAUUCAUUCCGUUACACAUUAAAGCAAAGCACAAACUACCAGUCUAAUUUUCCAUAUAUACUUUUCAUGUAUAUAAUUAAUUUAUAUAAUGAUGUAAUUUAGAUUGUAAUAGGCUUUUUAAUAAAGUGCCUAGCAAUCACAUACCUGAACCUAUCGUGACAUAAGUUUUAUUUUAUACUGAAUCAUUCAUGAAAAGGUGCUUUGGUUAAUAUGUUGAACAUGCUCUCUGGACAGUACAGGGAUGUUUGUAGUUUAAUUUUCCCAUUGUACUUUGGCAUCUGUUCCCCAUCCUAGUUUUCAUUGAGUUUAUGAAAAGUACAUUAAUUUGCUGACCAUUCGCAGUUACAUGCUUAGAAAGUGAUAUCAUAAAAAGGGGACAAAAGAGUCACACGGAGCAGUUUCACCUGGAUGUUCCCUAUUGUCCUUUUAAAGUGAUUAACCGUCGAUUGUCAUCUUCGAUCCUUUACAAAUGACAACAAAGGAACAAUACGCUUCUUUACAGUGUUUGGCUGAAUGCUGCAAUGAAUCACUGGAGAUCAAUACAGUUGUAAUAAAGAACAUCAUUCAGAGUGCAGCAACCUGUUAAUAUCACUGUCUGUGUCACUUUUUGUCCAAUCACUCUUCCUAUUCUGUGCUUUGCAGUUACCUGCAAUCCAAUUAUGAAGUCACUCAGUCCACACCUACACAAAUGGUCUAAUUUUUGUUAGACUGUAACAGAAAAGAAACCAAAAAAAUGAAUGGAGUAUAUUCUGUUACAUCCUUUCAAUGUUUAUACAAUAUGAACCCAUUCAUAUUGUUAUUAGCUCCAUUUCAGCCUUUAAAAAUAUUCAGACCAAAAUAUAAAUAAUAUCUACAGUAAGAUCAAUUUUUAAUCUUUCUAACAAUUCACAUAAUCAAAGACACACAUCCUGCAUUGCAUGCUGGAGUGUAAUGCAAAUCAGGCGGCAGCCAUCUUGAAUUCUUAUUUCUGCCACAUGUGUGCCGGAGAAACAUGCUUUUUCCAUUUGGGGGGAGACUGAGGGGCACUUCCUGCCAGUGACGAAUGCCUGGGCAGUGAGGCGUUGGUCGGGUUUUGCUUCCCUGCGCUGGCACUUCUGCGUCUCAGCUGUUAAAAUCUGCUCUGAUUCUUGUUUUUUUUUUUACAAAUCUGUGCAUUUCUGACCUGGACUUUCUGACAGAGGCGAGGUGAACCAAACAGUAAGGAGCGCUGCAGAAAGUAAGUUUUCUCAACUUGGUCUGUCUAGGAUACUUAAAGUGCGUGGAGGCCACAGAAUUCUUAGAAGGGUUUUUAGAGCAUGUUUUGCACUGGGCAAGAGCUGCAUUGGAAAGAAUUGCACGUACUGAAGAAUGCGUAUCUUCGGCAAAAUCAAGGACCAGAUGCCUUCUGAAGCUUGAGCUGGACUGGCUGUUUCUGCAGCUCCCUCACCUAUCAAAGCCGAUCGCUUUGUGAAAGCUGGUACUGAAGGCUCUAGGUUAAACAAUCAGCUGAACUCUGUGGCCCUCGGCGCGCUCAAUGCUCGGAUACGAUGGCGGCCCUCAUAUCAGAGAACUUCAAGUUCCUGUCCCUCUUCUUCAAGAGCAAAGAUGUGGUGAUUUUCAACGGUUUGAUCGCUCUGGGCACGGUCGCCAGUCAGACAGCCUACAACAUCUUCGCCUUCAGUUGCCCCUGUUCCCCGGAACGAAACUAUCUCUACGGCUUGGCAGCCAUCGGGGUACCCGCCUUGGCCCUGUUCCUGAUCGGGGUCAUGCUCAACCGGAACACCUGGAGCUUGGUGUCGGAAUGCCGGAUUCGGUUCUGCCGUCGUCUCACCUGCCCGGCAGGCUUCGCACUGCUGGGCUCCAUCCUGGGCCGGGCCGCCGUGGCCCCCGUCACGUGGACAGUGCUCUCGCUGCUCCGCGGCGAGGCCUACGUCUGCGCCCGCAGUGAGUUUGUUGACCCCGCCUCCCUGGUGGACUUUCCGGAAGGUUACGGACCCCAGAUAAUGGCACGUUUCCCCUGCCGGGAUGUACCCGCUGUGGUCUUGCCAUUCUGGCCAGCAAUCGAGCGUCAGCUGAAGUAUGAGUCUCAGCUACUGGGCUGGCUGCUGACUGGCCUGAUCGCCGUCAGCCUUUUCCUCCUGCUCUGCCUGAAGCGAUGCUGUAGCCCCCUGGGAGCCGAGCAGGAGGCUUACUGGAAGAACUUCCGCUACAGCGAGGACCAGAUCUUCGAACGCACCGCCGGCAUCCACGCCAAACUGCUGGCCACUGAGAGCGUCAAGCAGUUCUUUGGGUUUGUGGCACUGGAGCAGGAGGACAAACAGCAACUGGAGCAGUACCAAGCCCAGAACAACAUCCCCCGAUCCCAGUGGAACAACAUCACAGGGGUCUACCUGUACAAAGAAAAGAGCGGAGUUCCCCUCUACAGCCAACUCAACAAGUGGGCCACUGCCACCCCAGACAACAACGUGGAAGUUACUGAGAUGAAUGCACUCUGCUAAAAGGCAGCUGACCCACAACCAGCAGAAAGCCCCCUUCU